GAGAACGGACAUUCCUCGACGCUGUCGGCGUGUGCGUGCGUGCGUGCGGACCUUGACACCGGGGUUUGACGUACCCCGAACGCUACGAUGCCCAAUGGUUGACCGUGCACCCGAGUAUGCUACACGAGGACGCUUCACGCGCCGCGGUUCUCAUUGUUAUUGUUAUGUUCGCGAGUAUGACUGCGGUUCGGUGAACUUGUUACGCGGCUUCACCGACAGUAGAGAACAAACGGCUGCGUUUUCACCCGCGAUUUUCACGGAAUCGGCGACGGCAACAGUGGCAGGGCUUAUGACGACCUGGACAACGACGACGACGACGGCGGUGGUCUUGUAGUGAUAACGACGAUUUUUUCCCUGCUACGCUAUUGCCGUUGCUAUCUCUGACGUGCGUGCGUGCGUGCGUGCGCGGUCAUACGGAGUUCGUUUGUACGACGUGUGACGCGCAGGUGAUCGUGGAAGGUGAUUUCGAGCUACGAGAAAGCGAGGUUAGAGUCGCGCUCUAACGCGAGAAAAGAUAACAGCCCCGCGAGGAAGGAACCAUGGCCGAUCACAUGGUGGACGGUCCUCCGCAGAAGCGGCAGAAGCUGGAUCCCUUUCCGGGCCCGUCGGACUCGACAGUGGGUAUGGCGCCUUUAAUGAUGCACCAUGCUUUUCCAAACUUCCCGGGAGGUGGCAAUGGUAACAUUCAGGGUCAACCUCAACCGCUACAUGUGCCUCAACAUCAGUUGCCUCAACAACAUUGGAACCACCUAAAGCGAAAUUACAUAACAAAUACAGAAAUGUUUGACCUUGAAAAUGAUCUACCUGAUGACUUGCUGUCGUCUGGGUCCUGGGGUUCCGCGACUGAGAGUACUAAGCCACCGGCAACUGGUCCCGGACCAGGACAACAAAAUGGUGCUCUCGAUUCGGAACUCAGACUACAGCAACAACAACAGCAGCAGCAGCAGCAACAACAACAACAGCAGCAGCAGCAGCAGCAACAACAACAACAACAGCAGCAGCAACAACAACAACUUUCUCAUCAUCUCAUUCAACAGCAGGGCAACAAGAACUUGGUGGCUAACUCAUUAGUAAUGGCUACCGGAACGUUAGGCAGUAAAAGUCCGAAUAUGCAGUCACCACCGAACGUUUCUGUCUCCAAAGGAGUAGUCGAUCCGCAAAUGGUUGUGAGUCUCGGUAAUUUACCGAGCAGCAUCGCUAGUUCGUUGGCGAACAAUCAAAUGUCCAUCGCUAAUUCGAUGGGUGGUCUGCAAUCAUCCAUGGCUGGAAGUAACCCCGCGAUGUCUAUGCCAGGCGGUUUAACGUCCGGCUUGGUAAUGACUAGUACAGCUAGCGCAAACAAUAUGGGUGGCAUGGCCGGAGGAAGUUUGAUAGUAACCAACAGUUUGAAUAAACAACCUUUAAAUACCGUAACUAUGAUGGGUCCUAAUACUCAAGCGAUACAUCAUCCCAGUGGACCUCACGGAGUAACGCAGAUGCAAAACGGUCCUGGAAUGAUAAACACAAGAGCUGUGACAAUGCAGCAACAACAACAGGCGCAUAUGGUCGGCCCAACGAGAGGGCAAAGUCCUCACCAACAGGUACAUCAAGUUGGUAUUGUCGGUCCUGGUCAAGGUGGUCCAAGGAUGCAGGCUCCUAUGGCAAACAUGCCGAAUAUGGGACAAAUAGGUGCAUCAAAUCCAUACGGCUACGGUACUCCAAGUGGUACUGGUGGACCAGGACCAGGAGUAACUGUAUGCGCCAACAAUCCUAUAGGUGUCGUCAAGCCACAGCAGAAAGGGGUGGGAACAAACAUGACUGCUAUGCAGGCAGCAGCCGCUACCAGCAGAUUUACCGCCACCACUGGUCCGAUUGGCACUACAAAUGUUGUUAGUAGUCAAGAGGGUGGAACGGCAACACAACAAACUCAAAUACCGGCACCGAGUCCAGCACAACCUCAAACGGGAGCACCAGCUGGUGGAGGACAAGCUCCCCAACAACCAUCUCAAGGCCAGAUGGCCCCUGCUGGUGCUCCGUCAACCAAAACACCUGAUCCGGAAAAAUGUAGACUCAUUCAGCAGCAGUUAGUGUUACUUUUGCACGCGCAUAAAUGCCAACGGCGCGAAAGCAUGAAUGGCGAGCAAGUACAGAGACAAUGUCAAUUACCAAAUUGCAAAAUGAUGAAGGGUGUCUUGUCUCACAUGAUGACUUGUCAAGUCGGCAAAAAUUGUACAGUGUCUAAUUGUAGCAUGUCGAGACAGAUUAUUAAUCAUUGGAGACACUGUGCUAAAAAUGACUGUCCGGUUUGUGAACCAAUAAGACAAGCAAAUAGAAACAGAGCCAAUACGCAAGCUCCUCAAACAAAUAACCAGACAACAAAUCCAACUCCACUUGAAAUGAGAAGAGCUUACGAUGCUCUAGGAAUUCAGUGUCCAACAACAACAUCAACACUCCUGCCGAGUCAAGGCGCUAGCAGAGGCGUUAGAAUGCCAGCGCCUGGCACGACAGGUCCUCCUGGCACACAGUUAGCCAAUGUUAGAUUAGCGCAACCUCAAACACAAACCGGUCCAGGGCAAUCUGUAGUUGGUGCUGGACAAACAGUGGUCGCUCCAAACGUAUCUCUUCCUCUAAAUUCCGAUCCUAGCACGGUCGGAAUAGGUGGCAAUCAGACCCCACCGACAACAGGACCUGCAUCCGCUGCAGCAGCCGCCGCUGCCAAUAUACAACAAUCCGUUAAUAUGCAAACAUUUUUCGGAUUGAAUGAGUCCGGACAAUCUAGUGUGAUAGGCGGAGAGAAUAGAUUAGGAAAUUUGCAGCUUCCAAGUGGUCUUCAACCGAGUCAAGUCACAGCGACACCCGUGCAAGGAACAAAGGAGUGGCAUCAGUCCGUCACUCCAGAUCUCAGGAAUCACCUAGUUCAUAAAUUGGUCCAAGCAAUAUUCCCCACUCCGGAUCCGCAAACUAUGCUCGACAAAAGAAUGUGCAACUUGGUUGCGUACGCAAGAAAGGUUGAGGGCGAUAUGUACGGAAUGGCUAAUUCGCGAUCGGAAUACUAUCAUCUUUUGGCCGAAAAAAUCUAUAAAAUACAAAAGGAAUUGGACGAAAAACGUCAGAAACGGAAAGAACAGCAAUUACAAGCUCAACAGCAGCAGCAACAACCGCAACCGCCGCCUGGCGCAUCCGGUCCCGGACUGAGGCCAUGCGCACCUCCUAAUGUCGGAGCCGUUAUUCCAGGAACAUCAAAACCAGUUGGAGCAGUACCGCCCACUCUUCGAAGUCACUCACCGAGUAUGAAUCAACUAGGAACAAUACCUGCAAUGGCCAUACAGCAACAUAACAGAAUGCAGUUCCCUCAACAACAACAAGCUCAGCAACAACAAAUUCAAGCUCAGCAGCAAAUACAGCAGCAGCAACAACAGCAACAACAGGGAAUUCUGGUUGGUCCUCCCGGUCUUAGUCCGAACGGACAAUCCACAUCGAAUGCCAAUAUGGUGCCGAAUCCCGGGCUCAAUCCUUUCGGACAACCUCAGAUGUCUCAAGCUAACCUUACGACCACCACCGCGUCUAACAACGCGACAACUAGUCAAUUUCCAACGUCCAAUAGCACAGCUGCCGGUUUACCCAAUAGUUCACCCAUUCAAAGUCAGCAUCAAUUUCCGGAUCUCAUGAAAGUCAGACUGCAGGCCCAGGUUCAAGCUGCUCAACAGCAACAGCAAAGUCAGCAGCAAUCGCAACCGACGAGCACGCAAAGUCAGGUCGGAACACCGGCUUCGUCGAUUCCACAAACGCCUUCGCCAUUCAGCGGUAUGCAACAAUCGAGCGCACAACAGCAGCAGCAAGCGAAUCAGCAGUUCCCCGCUCGACCAUUGUCAGCCUCCACACCUAGUGACAGUGGUAUUUCUACCUCAACGCCGCAGACGAUACCACCGCCCGCGUCCAGCGGACCAAGUCCAACGGGUGGCGGCGUGGCCGCAACGACGGGAACGACGAACGGACCUCAGUCUACCACUUCCACACCGAACACGCCUCUCGUGCCGUCGCUGAUGACGCCGAAUCAGACUGUCUCGUCCAAUCAAACACCGCCGCAUUCGGGUCCGACCCCCUCGCCCGCUGGCCUUGCAAGUCUCGGUAAAGGUAUGACUUCGCAGGAGCGUGCGGCGUUGAACACUCCGCGCAGCACGUCUAUGUCCUCGCAAAUGGCUGCUAUCACAGCGGCAUUGGAUCACGACAACUCGCCUAGUCCGCCAAUGAACAACAACAAGGGUAAAUUGGAUUCGAUCAAGGAUGAAGGUAUUAAAAUGGAAAUUAAACAAGAGUCAUCGGACGAUACGCAAAAUCACAGAAUGGACAGCGGCAAAAGCGUUAACAAUGAGAUUAUCAUUAAAACCGAGCCGAAAACCGAACCGAUGGAGGAGGGAUCGAAUGAGGCGACUAUGAAGGAAGAACCUGCAAGUAUCAAAGAAGAGAGCAUGACCCCGGUGUCUAGUCAAGACACGACUGCCUCUGAUAUCAAGCCGAUGGUGCCGGAGCCGAUACAACCGAGCGGCACGUUCACCGAUAAGAAGAAAUGCUUGUUUAAACCGGACGAGUUGCGUCAGGCGUUGAUGCCUACAUUGGAAAAGUUGUAUCGACAAGAUCCCGAGUCCAUACCUUUUAGACAACCCGUGGACCCGCAAGCGUUGGGAAUACCGGAUUAUCCAACUAUCGUGAAGAAGCCGAUGGAUUUGUCCACUAUCAAGAAGAAACUCGACACAGAAAAGUACAGCGAUCCCUGGGAGUACGUCGAUGACGUGUGGAUGAUGUUCGACAAUGCCUGGCUCUACAAUCGCAAGACAUCUCGUGUCUACAGAUAUUGUACCAAGCUCUCGGAAGUAUUUGAACAAGAAAUAGAUCCUGUGAUGCAGGCCUUAGGAUAUUGCUGUGGCAGAAAGUACACGUUCAAUCCGCAGGUUCUCUGUUGCUACGGCAAGCAGCUUUGCACGAUACCGAGAGACGCAAAGUAUUAUUCUUAUCAAAACAGUCUUCUAAAGGGAUAUGGUCUUGCUUCCGAUAGAUACACCUUCUGUCAGAAAUGUUUCAACGACAUUCCUGGAGACACAGUUACGUUAGGAGACGAUCCAACGCAGCCGCAAACUACCAUCAAAAAAGAACAGUUCCAGGAGAUGAAGAAUGACCAUUUAGAAUUGGAACCUUUUGUUACUUGCACGGAUUGCGGUAGGAGAGUACAUCAAAUUUGUGUACUUCAUUUAGAAGCAAUCUGGCCAUUAGGAUUUACCUGUGAUAAUUGCUUGAAGAAAAAAGGACAGAAACGCAAAGAGAAUAAGUUCAACGCUAAACGAUUGCCCGUAACGAAACUCGGCACGUACAUCGAGACGCGCGUGAACAAUUUCCUGAAGAAGAAAGAAGCCGGUGCGGGUGAGGUUGCAAUCAGAGUUGUCGCGUCCAGCGACAAAGUGGUCGAGGUCAAACCCGGAAUGAGAAGUAGAUUUGUCGAGAACGGCGAUAUGCCCGGCGAAUUUCCUUACCGCGCGAAAGCGUUGUUCGCAUUUGAAGAGGUCGACGGCACCGACGUCUGUUUUUUCGGCAUGCACGUGCAAGAAUACGGGAGCGAAUGCACACCGCCGAACACCAGACGUGUUUACAUCGCGUAUUUGGACUCGGUUCACUUCUUUCGGCCUAGACAGUUUCGAACGGCCGUAUAUCACGAGAUUCUUCUCGGAUAUCUCGACUAUGCGAAGCAACUUGGAUACACUAUGGCUCAUAUUUGGGCGUGUCCUCCUUCCGAAGGGGACGAUUAUAUCUUCCACUGCCACCCCGCAGAACAAAAAAUACCAAAGCCUAAGAGAUUACAGGAGUGGUACAAGAAAAUGUUGGACAAAGGAAUGGUCGAGAGGAUCGUGCUCGACUAUAAGGACAUUCUGAAACAAGCCAUGGAGGACAAGCUUACGUCCGCGGCAGAUUUACCGUACUUUGAAGGUGACUUUUGGCCGAACGUGUUAGAAGAAAGCAUCAAAGAAUUAGAUCAAGAGGAGGAGGAGAAGCGCAAGCAAGCUGAAGCGGCAGAGGCCGCCGCAGCGGCUGCAAAUAUAUUUUCGUUAACCGAGGACUCGGAAACUCCAGACGGUAAGAAGAAGGGCCAGAAAAAGGCAAAGAAAUCCAACAAGUCCAAAGCAAAUCAAAGAAAGAACAGCAAAAAGUCGAAUACCCCUCAGACUGGCAAUGAUCUUUCCGCGAAAAUAUUUACCACCAUGGAAAAGCACAAAGAAGUAUUUUUCGUCAUUAGGUUGCACAGUGCUCAAAGUGCGGCCAGUUUAGCUCCAAUCCAAGAUCCUGAUCCUGUUAUCAAUUGUGAUCUGAUGGACGGUCGAGACGCCUUUCUCACACUGGCGAGAGAAAGGCAUUACGAGUUUUCAUCAUUGAGAAGAGCGAAAUUUAGCUCUAUGUCAAUGCUUUAUGAGCUACAUAAUCAAGGCCAAGACAAAUUUGUUUACACUUGCAAUAAUUGCAAGAGUCAUGUAGAAACCAGAUAUCAUUGUACAGUUUGUGAUGAUUUCGAUUUAUGUGUAAGUUGUAAAGAUAAAGAUGGACAUCCACAUCCAAUGGAGAAACUUGGCUUUGAUUUGGAUGAUGGAUCAUCGCCAAAUGACACCAAACAAACAAAUCCACAGGAAGCGCGGAAAUUGUCGAUACAAAGGUGCAUUCAAUCAUUGGUGCACGGCUGCCAAUGUAGAGACGCUAAUUGCCGUUUGCCCAGCUGUCAAAGGAUGAAACGAGUGGUCAUGCACACAAAGAAUUGCAAGAGGAAGACAAAUGGUGGCUGUCCUAUCUGCAAACAAUUGAUUGCGUUAUGCUGUUAUCAUGCGAAACACUGCCAGGAAACAAAAUGUCCCGUCCCAUUCUGCUCCAACAUCAAACACAAAAUAAAACAACAACAAUUGCAGCAGCGUUUGCAGCAGGCGCAGUUGCUUAGGAGACGAAUGGCUGUGAUGAACACAAGACCGACCGGACCUGUAGGGGCGAUGCAAACCGGUCAGCAGACGUCGAAUGUUGCUAUGACGACAGGAGUCGCCAUGAAACCCGGCGUUAGCAGUUCAAAUCUUCCUUCUCCUCAUCCACCUGGUAUCGGUCUCAAACCAGGCACUCAAACUCCUCCCGCUCAUGUAUUACAAGUGGUAAAGCAAGUGCAGGAGGAGGCUGCUAGACAACAGGCACCACAUGUCGGUUAUGGCAAAGUAACACCGGGUGCCGGAGUAGGCGUGGGCGUUGGCGUAAGCGGUCAAACGAGCGGCGUGAUGCCGCCACCGCAAAUGCAACGUCCACUGCCAGUACAGAUGCCGAAUCCCGGUAGCACGCAUCUCAUACCCAUGGAUCAAUGGAGCAGGUACCAACCCAACGCUGUGAUGCAAAAUCCUAAUCUGGCGCGGCAACAGACGCCACAACAGUUGAUGCAACAACAACAACAACAACAUCAGGCUCAACCGGGUAUGGGGAUGAGCACGCAAAUGCCGCGACAGCCAGGUGUAAUUGGGCCAGUCGCACAGGUCGGUUCGCAACAAAGCAAUGCACAGAAGCAUGCUCUCCAACAACUAAUGCAAACUCUUCGAAGUCCACAUUCGAACGAGCAGCAGAACCAAAUACUACAAAUACUCAAGAGCAAUCCGCCUUUAAUGGCUGCUUUCAUCAAACAGCGGGCGCUUGCCCUUCAGCAACAACCUGGUCAGCAUGGUGGGGGAGUCGGCGGACCAUUGGGUUCUACGCAACCUCAACAGCAGCAGCAGCAACAACAAGCUGGUUUGCAUAUGAUGUCUCAACAACAGCAGCCUCAACAACAGCAGCAACAGGCGCAGCAGCAGCAACAACAGCAGGGUAGACUUCAAAUACAGGCGAUGUUAACUCAACAGGCACAACAGCAGCAACCAGCAGCGAUACAGCAGCAAUGGCAGUAUAAGCAGCAGAUGCUUGUACAAAUGCAACAACAACGGCAGCAGCAGGCGGCAGCGGCAGCGGCGGCGGCUCAGCAGCAGCAGCAGCAACAACAACAACAACAACAGCCGCAGCCGCUGCAGCAGCAGCCGCAACAACAGUUCACGCAGCCGCCUGCGCCGCCGUACGGGCAACAGCGGCCUAUACGGCCGUCGCUUCUGGGUAACCGAUACAUGCCAUACACAUCUCCUUAUAUAUUAUCCAACGAAGAGGCAAUAUUAAGGGGCAUGUUGAAUCGACACCAACGAUUGCAAAAAUUCCCAGGUUACGGUGGUUUCAACGAGCAGGGAUACGGUCAGCCGGGACUGAAACCUACUCCGCCGCCGGUACCGUCGCCGCAAGGCGUCAUGGGCCCGCCUGGGAUCUCAGUCCAACAACAGCUGAUGCAAUCGGUGCGUUCGCCGCCGCCAAUUCGUUCCCCGCAGCCCAAUCCCUCGCCACGACCAGUUCCCUCGCCCCGCAAUCAGCCGGUACCGUCGCCGCGGUCGGGUCCCGUGCCGUCGCCACACCAUCAUCCACCACACGGCACGCCCACGCACUCACCAGCACACGAGCUCGGCGGCGGUCCCAGCGAGAUGAUGCUCUCGCAGCUGAGCGGAGGUGCCGGUGCGCCCACCGGACAUCCCGCUACCAUGCCCCACCAUCCCUCGCCGGCGCCGGCGCCCACGAACGGCGGCGCUGACGCCAACGAGGUAACACCGAUGACGCCACAGGACCAACUCUCUAAAUUCGUCGAGGGGUUGUAGUGACUGUUACGGACGAUCACAUCGGUCGAUGGUUAUGUAAGUGAUUCCCUUCAACGAGACGACGACGACGGCGCUCAGACGACCACGCUCGUCCCCGUCGCGUAAUUUAUAACGAAAUGUAAUUAAAGCGGAACGACGAUACCAUUAGAUAAUUUAAGCUCUUUCGCGCGCGCGCGCUCGUGCGAGUAGAAACUGAAAGAACUUAAAAAGGAAUGCUUGACAAACGCGUCCCGUCGAGCUUUUUUUCAUUUGAUCGUGGUUGAUUUUUCAUUUUCUUCACAAGACCGGGGAGGGAAUCCCCUAUUACAUCGCGACGCUCGAGUCGCUCGCGCACGCGUUCCUUCUCUUUCGAUCUUUUACGCUACGUGAUCGUCGAGAGAAAAGAGAGACUAUGCAACGUGCUGGUGCUUUUUUCACUGCUGCUCGGCCUGGCUCAAAUAGACUCAAAAAUUACAUGUGUUUUUUCGUACUUGGUCGAGAGAGAGAAAGAGAGAGAGAGAGAAAAAUCGCGACCGGAAGGAAUGAAAACCAUUCAGAACAAACAAAACUAUCGAGAAACUUAUUGCGUAUCUCGUAAAAUAACCUCCGGACGUCUGUUCGACACCUAUAUUACCACUCUCCUUUGCUGCUGCCCGUGCUGGGUGAGUGAAAUCGUACAAAAACCAUAUAUAUAUAUAUAUAAAUACACAUACAUAUAUAUAUAUGUUGUCUAUAUUUAACUUAAUUAUAAUAA